AUUGUGAAAAUGACAACAUAGUUUUAGUUUUCCAGUGACACUUUCACUCUGUUAAUUUAUCUAUUUGUUUAUUUAUGUAUUUCCUUUUGUUUUUGCGUACAUUUAGUGAAACUUUUAGUUUUUCCGAAAUAUAAAAUGCCCCCGUAACUUAGCGGUUCGGCAAUGGUAUAUAUGUGUGUGUAUAUGUUUGUGUCUGUGUUUGUCCCCCCAACAUCGCUUGACAACCGAUGGUGGUGUGUUUACGUCUCCGUAACUUAGCGGUUCGGCAAAAGAGACCGAUAGAAUAAGUACUAGGCUUCCAAAGAAUAAGUCCUAGGGUCGAUUUGCUCGACUAAAGGCGGUGCUCCAGCAUGGCCGCAGUCAAAUGACUGAAACAAGUAAAAGAGUAAAGAGUGAUUGUGUUUUUUUUCACGAGGUAUUUCUGUAACAAAAGUUGUGUUUUUUAUAGAAACUUAACCUUGACAAUAGUCUUGGGAAACAGAUAUGGAAACGGAAGUUUCUUCGUUUCGUUUUCUUCUUCAGAUUGAUGUUUGUUGACGGCAGCGAAACGAAGAUUGAAACGAAACAUGGACAUCAUUAAUUUAAGUGGAAAAGUGGCUUUGAUUAGCGGUGCCAGUUCUGGUAUUGGUGCAGGUACUGCAGUGUUGUUUAGUAAACUUGGUGCAAAGUUGGCUAUUACUGGCAGGAAAGAAGAGAACUUGAAGAAAACAGCAGAUGAAUGCGAAAAAAAUGGCUGCCAGCCAUUAAUGGUUGUGGCUGACCUUUCAAAGGAAGAUGAUGUGAAAACUGUGAUGGAGAAAACCAUUUCUCAUUUUGGAAAACUAAACAUUUUGGUGAACUGUGCCGGAAUUUUAGCACAUGGAAGUAUUGAAACCAGCAGCUUGAAGCAGUUUGAUGAAAUCUUUAACGUUAAUGUGCGGUCUGUUUAUCAGUUGACUAUGUUAGCGGUGCCUCAUUUGAUAGCAACCCAAGGAUCUAUAGUGAAUGUCUCCAGUAUAUGUGGCCUAAGAGCUUUCCCUGGAGCUCUAGCAUACGACAUGUCUAAAAGUGCUUUGGAUCAAUUCACCUGUACUGUAGCUCUUGAGUUGGCAUCGAAGAAAGUGCGUGUAAACAGUGUCAAUCCUGGGUUUGUUGUCACUGAAAUACACAAAAGAACAGGCAUGAGUGAAGAAGUUUAUGCUCAGCAUCUAGAGAAAGCCAAAAGAACCCACGUUCUUGGACGUGCAGGAGAAGUCGAUGAUGUUGCUAAGGCAAUUGCAUUCUUAGCUUCUGAUGCCAGUUCCUUCAUCACAGGAGCCUUGUUUCCCAUUGAUGGUGGCAGACAAAUCACAUGUCCACAAGCUAUAUAUUCAGAAGUCUCAUAUUAACAAUAAAAACAGCAGAGCAAGACUUUUGCCUUUUUCAUUUUUUUUAUCUAAGGUGUGUUUCAGAGAUGAAUGGAAAUCAUUUUGUUUUUUCUCCUUGUUUUUCUGUCUUCAACAAUUUAGAUGGUCAGUUCUGUUGUAAGGAGUUCCAGCUGACCAACACUGUAGAGUAGAAUUCCAACUGAUUUGAAUGAAAAUAGGACCUAUGAGUUAGUCACAACACCCUUCAGCAAGUUCGAAUGAGAAGCAAAGUGACUAGUUUGAUCUUUCUUAAAACUCACCUAUUACCACUUCCGUCUUUCAGGCUAUUAAAGAUGAAUAACACAAAGCAAAUUAUUUGAAAUAUAAGCAAAAAUGCAAUGUUAAACAUAGCAUUUGUAUAGAAGCUCUCAACUAUUUCUUUAUUCCACUUUUCUUCAUUAUCUUAAUUAUAGUAAAGAAAAUUUUGAAUUCAGAAUUUAUAACACGUAAAACAAAAUAAGUCGGAGAAUUGAACAUUAUUUUUAUAAUUUCAUUUUAUUAACUUUUAUUUAACACAAAACUAUGAAUUUGAAUAAAUCUGGCUUCAUAUGAAUUAAA